AUGGGUAUCUUAAGGACAGCUCUGGUCGGAACCGCAGCCUACCAGAUUGGCAAGAAGGCAUUCAAGGAUGAAGAAAAGAAAGAAUGCAAGCAGUCCAACUUGACCUCGCCGCAGCCCUAUUACCAUCCUGAGUACCCACCGCAGUACCAGUAUGGACAGCCUCCAUAUGGCCAGCCUCCAUAUGGCCAGAAUCCAUAUGACCAGAAUCCAUAUGGCCAGAAUCCAUACGGCCAGAAUCCAUACGGCCAGAAUCCAUCCGGUGCACCGCAGUACCCCCAGGGCUAUGGCAACAACCACCAAGGAUACCCACCCCAGCAGUCUAAUCAGCAGUACAGCCGAGGUACGGAGGACUUCGUGAGCAAUGGAGGCCCAAGAUCAAUGAAAGCUUCUCCUCCUUCCUACCAGCCCAAUCCUGCUUAUCAUCAAAGCAAUGAGAAGUCUCCUGUCCACUCCCAAGGCCAGGAAAAUUACUCCCAUGGACGACCAAACUAG